AGUUAUGAGUGAGAAUAUGUUCGUCAUCAGGAGGUGAUCCCGCCAUGUGAGUGGGCGGAGCCUGCGCUAUUCAAACAGUGGCGGCCCUAUAAAAGCGUGCACGGCGCACGCCGUGGGAGUUUCACCUCCGAUGCGUCACGAUUAAAGCCCGGCUCGGCGGAGGACGCAACGAUGCACGACUCCGGCGGGGUCCAGCUGGCCCAGGCCCUCAAGCACUCCGUCCUGUGCCUGCUGCUGUUGCCGCGCUUCUUGGCCGCCGCCGUCACGCUGUGGCUGCUGGACUUCCUGUGCAUCCGCCGCAAGGUGCUCCACCAGAUGGGCGCGAGGCCGCACAGCGCCGACGACCCGCCGCUGUGCGUGUCGGACUCCAACCGGAUGUUCACGCUGGAGUCGCUGCGGGCGGUGUGGUACGGCCAGAAGCUGGACCUGCUCAAGUCGGCGAGCCUGGGACGCGCGGCGCCCAACACGGAGGUGUUUCUGGUCCAGGGGCGCCGGCGGGUGCGCAUCCUGGACUGCAUGCGCGGAACGAGGCCGCUCAUCCUCAACUUUGGCAGCUGCUCCUGACCGCCGUUCAUGACGCGCUUGGCCGCGUUCCAGCGCGUCGUCAGCCAGUACGCAGACAUUGCGGACUUCGUGGUGGUCUACAUCGAGGAGGCGCACCCGUCGGACGGCUGGGUGAGCUCCGACUCGCCCUACCAGAUCCUCAAGCACCGCUGCCUGGAGGACCGGCUGAGCGCGGCGCGGCUCAUGCUGGCGCAGGUGCCCGGCAGCAGCGUGGUGGUGGACGGCAUGGACAACGCGUCCAACGCCGCCUACGGAGCUUACUUUGAGAGACUCUACAUCGUCAGGGACCGGAGGGUGGUCUAUCAGGGGGCCCGAGGGCCGGAGGGCUACCGGAUCUCUGAGCUCAGGAAAUGGCUGGAACAGUACCGGAAAGACCUGAUCGUGUCUCCGGUGCUGCAAGCGUAGCCCGGGGGGGAGAUUUGUAUCUUCUUUUCUUUUUAAAGUGCAGCUUUUGGCCUUAGUUCUGCCCAGCUCUAAUCGGGUGGUUCAUGUGCGUAAAAACUGCCAAAUAAAAACAGUUGUAUUUUUAUUUGGGGGGAUAGGGGGCACCCCUGGGUGUUUGCGUGAAGUGCGGUUCUUAAACGGCGCAGCCACAGAACCGACACUGAUGUUUGUGACACCCGGUGGGUGUCCAAAUGUCCUGUUGGAUGGAUGGGGACCCCAUGGUGUGACGUCACGCUACGUAAUUGAACAAAACUCUUUUGUAAAAAAUAAAAAAACAAAUAAAUAACACUGAAUCACUUUUGACUAAAGACAUUCUGUAAUGUGUUUUCCCAUUUGAAAUAAGGACACAUCAUUAGGUACACAUCAAGUCAUAUCCAAUACAAAUAUUGGGUAACACUUUAGUAUGGGGAACAUAUUCACCAUUAAUUAGGUGCGUAUUAGUAACAUAUUGGCUAUUAAUUUGUCAUUAUUAAGUACUUAUUAAUGCCUUAUUCUGCAAGGCCUUAUACAACCAGUAACCCAUUAACUAAGAGUCUUCCCUAAAUAACCUCAGAAUUAUUGCUUAUUAGUAACCCUAACCCUUAUAUGUUCCCUUGGUGUCCAAAUAACUCUAAAUUAAGUAUUUGUUACUCAUAGAGUGUUACCAAAUAUUGUUAUACUUGUGCCCUCAUUAAGUGCCAAUCAAUCAAAACACAUUAGGUGUACUUAAUGAAAUGUCCAGUCAGCGUGCUGUUAAAAUGCAUGAAAAAAGCUCCUCUUGAUUUGUCGUAAACAUGACACAGUCACACAGAUUGUCAACAAAGUGGGCUUGAGAGUAGAGGUUUGAGUUCCGUGGUGAAGAAUGUGGAGCUAAAGUGGAUUUAAUCAUUUUAAUGCCAGCACUAACCAGCAUGAUGCAACAGUCCUGGCACAGUCUCAAAGGAACUGAACUUCCUUAACUGAAAAUAAGUUAAUUAAAACCUGACAAUUUAUCUCACGACGAUUUAUCUCCUAAUGUCAGAAUGCCAGAAUCAAACAUAAAGACAAAUGAUGAUAUUAGAAGGCAUAAUAAUUUGCAUUUUAAAAAGUAUCUUUCAACGACAAAAGCCAAACCGAGGCUUACAAUAUGCUCCAGUAAAUAUUAGAAAUUAAAUAUUUUACUAUUCAAACUUUUUCGACCCUAAAUUAAGAUGACAAAUACAUAUAUUGACAUUAAUUGUAAAAAAAAAAUAGUUUUAUUUACUGUAGAUUAAAGCAACGGUAGCCCAUGAACAGUCUAGUAUUAUAAUGUAUUACAUAACUAUUUUUUUUUUAAAAAGCGGAUAAUGACAGUAAAAUACAAUUGCAGGUUUAUAACACAUCAUUAUUAUAAAAUUAAAAUAAAACAAUGUUUGACACAAGCAAAUAUGUAUUGUA